AUGAAUGGUAAACGUAAACGCAGCAAAGAGGAUAAAGAUAAAGAAGCUAAUGAAUUAGCCCAACAGUUAAAGAUUGUCAAUGAUGAACACAGUAGUUUUAAGAAAUCUAAGAUGACUUUUUUAAAAGCUGGAACAAUAAAUGGGGACUCAGAAAAAAAUUCAAAUUUACGUGAGUAUAUAACAAUAGGUGAUGACUCGUCAUCAGAUGUACAAGUUGCAUUUGAUGAAAAUACUGAUAACUCUAAAUAUCGUCAUAAACCAAAGGAUAAAAAGCAGAAUAGUUAUAUAGAGAUUAUGAAUGAAAAUAAUGGAUUACGUGAAGGUAUUACAUCGAAUACUAGUAAUCCUGUUGCUAAUGUAUCAAAAGCAAUUGCUAUAUCCAGAAACAAUUCAAAGAAAUCAAUUCCUGAUGAAUCAACGACAGCUAAUCUUUAUGUUCAAGGAUUACCUGAUCGAAUUAAUCAAAAUAAAAUAAAAGAAACAUUUGGAUCUUAUGGACCUUUAGUUCAAAUUAAGAUUUUAGAACCACCACGUAAUCAGGUGAAAAAUGUAAAACGUUGUGCUUUUGUUCAAUUUGCAUCAAGAAAAGAUGCUGAAAGGGCAUUACUUGGAAUGAAUAAUGAACUUUUUGAUAAUUCUCCUAUUAAAAUAUCUUUUGCUAGUGCACAACCAUACAAUAGUAUAAUUUAUUGGCCUCGUCCUUUAGAAAUAUAUAAAUUUAGAUUGGAAAGGAAAAUGCCUUUUAGUGCUAAUCCUCUACCAAAAGCUGAAAAUAAAUUUAAGGAGUUUGGAACUACACUUCUUACAUCAACAGAGACAAAUUUUAAUUCUGAACAUUAUGUAGAUAGAUUGAAAACACUAACAUUAAGCUCUGUUGUACCAGUUUGUGAACCUGUAAAUAAAUUACACAAACAAUUAAUAGAUAAAUUUAUUGUUGAUUGUAUUGAAAAUAAAUCAAGAAUAGAAAGUUUUCUUGCGCAGAUCAAAAAGUUAAUAGAUGAUCUUCCGUUUAAUGAUAGGCAUCGUCCAUUUUUUUUAAAUUUGUUUACACAUGGAACAGUUGAAUCGAACUACUUUAUUUGGAAAGCUUUUUCCAUUAUGAAUGGCGAUACUUUUGACGACUGGAUGACUGAAUAUUAUAGAAUAUUUAAAGAUGGUCCAGUUUGGAUUCCACCAAAUUCAAAAAUAAAAACUUUUAAUGAGAUGCCUGAAUUUUUAUAUCAUACUGCAUACAAUUAUAAAGAAAUGUCUUCAAGGGAAUUAAGAGAUAGUGGAAUGCUUUUGAAAAAAGAUAAGGAUGAUUUUCUGGUGAUGUUGUCUUCAGGAAAUCUAGAAAAUACUUCCGUCGUUAACUUACUUCACUUCUGUGGAAAUCACGCAAAUGAAGCGAAGGAAGUUGUUAAAUGUAUUAUUUCAUUUUUGGAAUCUUCAAAGAAUUAUGUAAAUAUUCUUAAUACUUGGUUUUUGAUCUCAGAUUUAAUUCGAAAUUACAAAGAGGGCGGUAGUAGUUCGUCAAAGUUUGAAAAAUAUUUUAUUGAGAUCAUGGACAAUGUUGAUAUAAUAGUGGGUAAAAUAAAACUUACAAUUGAUAAUAUGGAAAACCAAAAGAGUAAAGAGGAAUUAAGGAAAAAAGUUUUAAGUGUUGUAACAUCGUGGCAAAAUUCAGAAGUCCUUGAUGUUGGGAUUUUACAAGAUAUCUCAAAUAAAUUGUAUGGCAUUGGAGGUGAUCCAGUAAACUAUGACUCUAAAAAUCAGACGAAACCUCAUUCAAAGUCGAGGACGUUACAGGCAAGAAAAAUCACUGCUAGUGACUGGAAAAAGAAAUAUUUUGCUGAAUAUGCCAGAAAGACAGUAAAAUGA